AUGAGGAGAGAAAUGAAAAGAACUACCACAGUAUUGAAGACCAAUUCACUCACCACCUGUUCAGAUAGUCAAUUGAUCAACCGCUUUGAUCAGUACUCAUCAUGGGACGCAUCUAAACGAGCAGCCGCUAAUUGUCAACGUCUUAAGGCAAAAAUGUUGAGAGCCACCAAGACCAUAAAUAGAAGGUUAGAUCUUACACAUGUCAUGUUAAAAACUAAUACACUCUUAACUGUACAGGAUCUCGCAGAAGGUGAGAAAGCCAUAAUACGUGAGGUCCAAAGUAGAGCCUUUCAGAAAGAAAUACAGAUACUGAAGGAAUUGAAGCUAGUGGGUAACCCACAAUCUAGAAACCAACUAAAGGGACGAAAUAUACAGUUCAGAAAAUCCAGCACUAUAUAUAAACUGAGUCUAUUCAUAGAUGACCAGGGUUUGCUGAGAGUUGGAGGUAGAAUACAAAAAUCCUGCCAGCCCUUUGAAAUUAAACAUCCAGUUAUCUUACCGAAGAAUAUAGUGCGACACUUCCAUGAACAAAUCAAUCAUAUGGGAAGAGACUGUACCCACAACUACAUCCGACAGCAUGGAUAUUGGAUCAUCAGUGGCUCAUAUACAGUGUCUAAAUUGAUCAAUCAGUGUGUCAUGUGUAGGAAGUUCAGAAGAGCACCCCAAACUCAGAAAAUGGGAGACCUUCCAUGUGACCACAUAAAGGAAGCCCUACCAUUCACAUAUUCAGGUGUAGAUCUUUUUGGACCAUUCUUAAUCAAGGAGAGGAGGAGCCAGUUGAAGAGAUAUGGUGUAGUUUUUGUGUGCAUGGCAUCCAAGGCAAUUCAUCUGGAGACUGUCAACUCUCUAGAUACCAAUUCUGUCAUCAAUGCGAUGAGAAGAUUUGUUAGCAUCCGUGGACCUAUUAGGCAGCUGAGAGCAGAUUGUGGCAGUAACAUCGUUGGAACACACAAUGAAAUGAUUAAGAGCCUGAAAGAGAUUGAUCAGAAGAAAAUGGCUGAUUUCUUGCUAGGUCAGAGGUGUGAUUGGAUUGAGUUUAAAUUCAAUGUUCCCAGCAGUAGUCACAUGAGAGGAAUUUGGGAGAGACAAAUAAGAACGGUUCGAAGUAUUCUGGAACCCCUCAUCUAUCAGGCAGGUCCACAGCGAGAAGAUGAGUCUUUUCGCACAUUUAUGGCCAAGGUGCAGAACAUCAUAAAUUCAAGACCAAUUACUCUCAACCAGCUGAGUGAAUCCUAUUCUCCAGAACCUCUGACACCAAACCAUUUGUUAAUGAUGAAGACCAGAAUACUUCUUCCUUCACCAGGCAACUUCCAGAAGGCUGAUAUGUACUCAACACGUAGAUGGAGAAGAGUACAGCACUUAUCCAAUGAAUUUUGGAACCGAUGGAGAAAAGAAUUUCUGCAUACGCUACAGCAAAGGCCAAAGUGGACCGCACCACAGUGCAAUCUGAAAUUGGGUGACAUAGUCAUUAUCAAGAAAGAUAAUGUACCAGGUAACUUCUGCCGUCUUGGCAGAGUGACAGCAGUGUAUCCUGGGAAAGAUGGUUUGGUAUGCAAAUACAGCUUACUCCUGCCAGUUCCAUAG